AGCAGGAGCCUGCAGGAAUCAGAGAUCUUUCUUUUGUCCUCUUGUUCGGGACCCCGACACAUGGGGUCAACACGGGCUGAAUGGGUUCACACUGAAGGACAGGCUCGGACGUCGGACACGCACGCGGACUGCCGAUGUGAGAGCGCGCGCUAAUUAGGAAAACCUGGUCGAGCAAUUAAGCGCGAGGAGAGAAGACGCGCGGAUUGGAGCGCAGAAGAGCUUCUUUAGCUCCCCGGUCACCUCGUCACCAUGAGUUGGAGCUUCCUAACUCGUCUGCUGGAUGAGAUCUCCAACCACUCCACCUUCGUGGGGAAGAUCUGGUUGACGGUGCUCAUCAUCUUCCGCAUUGUGCUGACAGCCGUCGGCGGUGAAACCAUCUACUACGAUGAACAGAGUAAAUUUGUGUGCAACACACAACAGCCUGGGUGUGAGAACGUGUGCUACGACGCGUUUGCGCCGCUCUCACACGUACGAUUCUGGAUCUUCCAGGUGAUCUUGAUCACCACUCCUACCAUUAUGUACCUGGGCUUUGCCAUGCACAAGAUCGCCCGCAUGGAAGACAGCGAGUAUCGGCCCGUCCGGAACCAGAAGAAGAGGAUGCCCAUCGUCAGCCGCGGGGCAGUUCGAGACUAUGAGGAGGCGGAGGACAACGGAGAGGAAGACCCCAUGAUCGCUGAAGAGAUUGAACAAGACAAGCCCGACAAGCCCGACAAAGCAGAAAAAAGCUCAGAGAAAAAGCAUGACGGUCGUCGGCGAAUCCUACGUGACGGCCUGAUGAAAGUCUACGUGUGCCAGCUUCUGUGGCGCUCUGCCUUUGAGGUUGCCUUCCUUUUUGGCCAGUACGUCCUCUACGGCUUUGAGGUGAUACCAUCCUACGUCUGCACUCGCUCGCCAUGCCCGCACACUGUGGACUGCUUUGUGUCCCGCCCCACGGAGAAGACCAUCUUCCUGCUGGUCAUGUACGUUGUGUCUUUCCUCUGCCUGCUCCUCACCGUCUUCGAGAUCAUCCAUUUGGGGGUCGGUGGUAUCCGCGACACCUUCCGCAGGCGGGCCACCUUCGGCUUACGCGCCUCCCGUCCAUCCUCCUCACGUGCCAUGCCCACAGCUCCGCCGGGAUAUCACGCCACCAUGAAAAAGGAGAAACUGAAAGGAGAGCUGCGAGACUCGCCAAUGGCCGACUCCGGGCGGGAGAGCUUCGGGGAUGAGGGGCCAUCGUCCAAGGAGCUGGAGCGGUUGAGGAGGCACCUGAAGUUGGCCCAGCAGCACCUGGACCUGGCCUACCAGGCAGAUGAAGGAGGCCCUUCACGAAGCAGCAGCCCAGAGGUCAACACGGCUGCACAGACGGCUGCAGAGCAGAACCGCCUCAACUUUGCCCAGGAAAAGCAGGGAGAGGCAAGCGAGAAAGGAAUACAUGCCUGAGCGUGCUUCCUGCCUCAAACGUCUGCUCUUCCAUUCCUACUGGCCUUAAACACAUGGGGGAAGCACAUAUGGGAGUGCAGUCAGACCACUGAGGGAGACCAGAGUGUGUGUGUGUGUGUGUCUGUGUGUGUGUCUGUGUGUGUGUCUGUGUGUGUGUCUGUGUGUGUGUGAAUGAGUCUGUGUGUGUGUGUGUGUGUGUGUGUGUGUGUGUGUGUCUGUGUGUGUGUCUGUGUGUGUGUCUGUGUGUGUGUGAAUGAGUCUUUGUGUGUGUGUGAGUCUGUGUGUGUAGAUGAGAGAAAUAUGCCUUUCAGUAUUAGGGGUCCAGAAAGAAAGAAAAAUGCUGACCAAGCUGUGUUGUGACAAAUGGUGUAUCUCCACGACUCUAAACUUGAAAGCCUGCUACAUCUCGAGUUUCUACUUGCCGAACUAGGUCCAAACCUUGACUGUGCCUUCGGCUAAAACCCACCCUGUUCUUUCGCCCACUUUUUUUGUGGCUCGUCCAUUUCAGACCUUGUAAGGAUUAUCGAAAGCUUUAAACUCCUCUGGCCGAGUGUACUCCUGUUGUCUUCCUCACAAAAGAGAAGGCUCUCUGUUUAUAAGAUGUCGCCGAAUGUUAACGUCUUACUUUGUUGGCCUCAGAGAGGAUCUCAAACAACACAGCCUUGGGUUAUGUCAUUUCUGGAGCGUGUGCAGCAGUGUUUUGUUUGGCAAGGGUGGCUUAACCUGCGCUGGGUAAGUCAUGUUUCAUGUUUAAUUUAAACAGAUUUGAUGUCGGGGAUUAUUGGUGUUUAUUAGCCAGAAGCCACACCAUUUCCAAACUAUUUGACAGAAUUUUGAAGCCUGUAUAUUUACUCCAAUCGGCCCAAACGUUUACCUGGGAAAUGCUUGAAUUCUUUGACAGGAAAUAUUCCAAGGAAUUUGCAAUAAUAAUUUUUGUACAAUCAAUUCAUUUAAAAACAAACAAACAUUAAUUUCACCAGUACUGUUUUUACAAUGUCAUGACCAAAGCUAGAUUACCUUUGUCCAGAAAGGCAUCAUGAAUACCGAAUAUUUCACAUGACUGCUGAAAAUCAGUCUUAUGGAUGUCAUUUUCUUCCCUAAAUUAUGGACUAUGAAAAUGAUUCACAAUAUUUGUGCAAAAAGUUAAAAAAAAUCACUUUUUGUGGGGUUUUUUGCUAAACAGCUGGAAACAUCUGUCUUCUGGGCUACUGUCAACAAUGAAAUUCUCUCCUUGUCUUUGAAAUUUACAUUCUUCUUUGGUGAGACAUAUUUUUCCGUCCUUGACAUGUACCAAUACCCCAUUAUUGUGCAGAAACAUGGAUGCUUUCAUGCAUCCUGGAAAAAAACGCACAAUCCAGUUGAGGAAAGGAUGACAGUUGGGUGCUGACGCACAGCCUGGUGUCACGUAAACACAUAAUCUUCCAUUCAUCAAGAGACUUUUGAUCAAUAGCUUUCCGUGUUCAUACUUUUUCAUAGCCUGUCAGUUGGUUUUAUGGUCUUUGGCUGAAAUAAUGAAACUACAGAUGGCCAAAGAGCUGUUUGAUGCUGUAUUUUUGUAAUCAUCUCACUUCCAAUAUUGCUUCUUAUUGCAAGGUACGACAUUCCAUUUUGAGUAUGGUACUUCAAUGGUUUAUACUUUUUGUUUCUAUUGCAAGUUUUGUAGUUUUUGUAACUGUAGAGAUUAUUUUGUCUUCAGAGUAAAUAAAUAAAUAUAUUUGAAUGGUA